AUGGAUACCGUUUCAACCUACAGCUUCGGCAACCUCGCCUGGCUUUCCACGCAGGCAGUACCUCUGAUCAUCUGGCCAUCGUCCAUAGGAGCUCUCCUACGUGUUGAAGAUGCCACCACAAGCUCGCUAGAAGCCUACUUUGCUCGAUCACUCGGGUUUGCUCUGCUGGCCCUGGGUCUUAUCGUGGUCCUUCUCUCUGGUGCCGUUCCAUUGGGCUCCAAAGUUGACGUCCCCCAAAAUGGCCUGUCUCCUUACGCAAGCGCUGCUCUCACAAUUACUGUUCUCCAUCACACUGCCGCCGCGUCCUACGCAUACUCGCGCUACGCAUGGACCGGGCAGACGGGAUUCAUCCUCGGCACGCUUGGAAGCAGCUUCUUCGCGGCCCUGGGGCUGUAUUGCAUUAUGUUUGCGGGUGAUCAGGCCAUGAUCAGUCGGUAUCACAAGUUCGACCAGGGAACCAGCGGGUUCCCGUUCAAGAACAAAGAGUCUUACCGCUCCAAGAAGAAGGCGCUGUAG